CAGAAGAUCACUUCUGAGAAACAGCUUUUAGUGUGGUCUGAAGCCCCUUGAAAUAGCGUUUAUGUGCUCUGAGUUUGUUUCCUGGGCGCUAUGGACCAUCCAUAAAUGGAAUGCACCUUCCAGCUCCUGGGGGUUUGGCAGAGGAGCCCCAGCCUGGGCUGAUGUCAGCUCUGAAUCUACAGCAGAAUUUUCUCCUGGCCACCACACAGGUACGUGCGAGAGGGACGGUUCCGCAUCGAGGAGAGGACGCUGACGGCGUUCCAGUGGCUGUACUCGCCCCACCAGCACCGCAUCGUCAGCCGGGCGGACUUGGGCUCACCCAGCAGGAUUGACAAGACGAUGCUUGCCAGCCUGAAGAUCAAGUGCGGCGGGGCCGGAGCCGGGGUCGGAGCGGGAGCGGCGAUGUCCCGGCCGGGCGGGCGGCUGCGGUCCCGGCGUGCGGGGGUGAGGGCGGCUGUGGUGCUGAUCGGGCUGCUGCACCGCUCCCGCAGGCACGGCGCCGAGAGCAGGAAGCAGGAGCUGCUGAACAGCUCGGAUGUGACCGUCCCGGAGCGGCCGCUGUCCCCCCCGCUCACCGCCCCGCCGACCAUGAAGUCUGCAGAAUUCUUCGAAAUGCUGGAAAAAAUGCAGGCACCGAAACUGGAAGAGCAGAGAACUGGAAGCCAAAAGCAUAAGGAGGACUACAUCCCAUACCCCAGCAUCGAUGAGAUCCUGGAGAAGGGCAGCCCGUACCCACUGAUCAUCCUGCCCCAGUUUGGGGGGUACUGGAUCGAGGACCCGGAGAACCUGGGCACACCCACCUCAUCUGACAGCAGCAUCUGUGAGGAGGAGGAGGAGAGCCUCAGCCCCAGCACCUAUGGCUACAAGCUGGAAUGCAAAGGAGAGGCCAGGGCCUACAGGAAGCACUUCCUAGGGAAGGAUCAUCUCAAUUUUUACUGUACAGCCAGCAGCCUCGGGAACCUGAUCCUCUCCAUUAAGUGUGAGGAGGCAGAUGGCACAGAAUAUUUAAGGAUUAUACUCAGGUCCAAAGUGAAGACCCUGCACGAAAGGAUCCCCCUGGCAGGGUUCAGCAAGUUGCCCAGCAUCCCUCAGAUUGCAAAGGCCUUCUGUGAUGAUGCCUCUGGGCUGAAGUUCAACCCAGUUCUGUACCCCAAGGCAUCCCAGAUGAUUGUGUCUUAUGACGAGCAUGAGGUCAACAACACAUUCAAGUUUGGUGUGAUCUACCAGAAGUUCAGGCAGACCCAGGAGGAGGAGCUGUUUGGCAAUAACGAGGAGAGUGCUGCCUUCAAGAGCUUCUUAAGCUUUCUGGGAGACACCAUAACGCUGCAGGACUUCAAAGGCUUUCGAGGAGGCCUGGAUGUCAGCCACGGGCAGACGGGCGCGGAGUCGGUGUACACCGUGUUCAGGGACAGGGAGAUCAUGUUCCACGUCUCCACCAAGCUGCCUUUCACCGAGGGAGAUGCACAGCAGCUGCAGAGGAAGCGGCACAUCGGCAACGACAUCGUGGCCAUCAUCUUCCAAGAGGAGAACACUCCCUUCGUGCCCGACAUGAUCGCCUCCAACUUCCUGCACGCCUACAUCGUGGUGCAGGCUGAGAGCCCCACGGCCGAGAACGCAACCUACAGGGUGUCAGUCACAGCCCGGGAAGAUGUGCCCUCCUUUGGGCCACCCCUGCCAAGCCCACCAGUGUUCCAGAAGAGCCCUGAGUUCCGGGAGUUCCUGCUGACCAAGCUCAUCAACGCCGAGAACGCCUGCUGCAAGUCUGACAAGUUUGCCAAGCUGGAGGACAGGACACGAGCUGCCUUGUUGGACAACCUCCACGAUGAGCUCCAUGGGCACACGCAGACCAUGCUGGGCCUGGGGCCUGAGGAGGACAAGCUGGAGAACGGGGGGCAUGGAGGCUUUCUAGAGUCUUUCAAGAGAGCCAUCCGAGUGCGCAGCCACUCCAUGGAGACGAUGGUGGGCAGCCAGAAGAAGCACCACGGCGGUGGCAUCCCGGGCAGCCUCAGCGGGGGCAUCGUGCACAACAGCAGCGAGGUGACCAAGACCACCUUCUCGCCCCCAGUACCAGCUGCUGCUGCUGCCAAGAACCAGUCCAGGAGCCCCAUCAAGCGCCGUUCGGGGCUGUUCCCUCGCCUGCACACCAGCUCUGAGAGCCAGGCGGAGAGCAGGACGAGGUGUGACAGUGUUUCUGGAGCCCAGAAGACACCAGAUUUGGGACACUCUUCUCAAGAGAUGAAAUCUGAAACCUCAUCCAACCCCAGCUCCCCUGAAAUAUGCCCCAACAAAGACAGGCCAUUCAUCAAGCUGAAGGAGAACGGGAGGUCCAACAUCUCCCGCUCCUCCUCCAGCACCAGCAGCUUCAGCAGCACGGCAGGGGAGAGCGAGACCCUGGAGGAGUACGACAGUGUGGGCAGCCAGCCGUCCACCGCCUCGCCCUUCAAGCAGGACGUCUUUGUCUACAGCGCCUCCCCCGGCAGCGAGAGCCCCAGCGGGGGGGCUGUGGCCACCCCUGUCAUCAUGAGCAGGAGCCCCACAGCAGAUGUCAAGAACAGGAACUCUCCAAGGUCAAACCUGAAGUUUCGCUUCGACAAGCUCAGCCACGGCAGCUCCAGCUCGAGCCACUAGCAGGAGGGAGGAGUCGUGAACUUGUCACAGAGGAUUUUUGUUUCAGCAAAGGGAAACUCUUCAGUGUCCCGUGGGAAGAGGCAGGCCCCAGCCACGGGCAGCACGGUGCCCUCAGCCUGCGCCAGGGAGAAGCUCUCACCUCGCUGCCAUCCUGCCCUGACAGGGACCCAGCCACCUUCCCACCGGGUGAACCUCUCCCAGCAAACACCCUACAGCCCUCCCUCUGUGCCGUGGGGGGAGAUCAUCCCCCACUGCCUGGCACCCACCUGUGCCCAGGGGCCGUGUGUCCUUCACGGUGCCAUGUCAUCCUGUGGGCACCUGCGUGUGCUGCAGCUGGUGGGUGCCAGGCGGGCACCACCUAUCCAUUCAUCACCUCCGGGCUUGCCCACUGGCUCCUCUCAAGCAGAGGGAGGCAGAGUGGGCCCUGUGCAGCCCAGGUCUCUCCACCCUUUGUUUGCAGCUGCCAGUGGGGAAGCAAGGGGCUGGGUGUGUUCUGGAAGGGGGUGGUCAGGGCAGUGAGGUCUUGCUUGGCUCCACCGUUUGCUAUUGCUUUUCUCAGUUUGGAGACAAGGGGGUAACCCCCCCCACCCCCAGGGGCUCUCCCUAGGGCAGGGGGGUUGCAGCAGCUCACCAUCUGCUCCCCUCCAGCCCAUACCUCACCUCACAGAACCCUUGUGGCAGAGCAGUCUCUUGCUCUGUGCUUGGCUUCUUGCACAAGAAGAGGGCUGAAGAGGCCCUGGGGGAGCAGAGCUGGUUGCCAGGGCUGCCUCAUCCUCUCUGGGCAGCCUUGGAAAUGGUUUCUGUGUCCUCCCUGCUUUUCCCUGCCUGAAGCUCCAAGCACAGGCCUGGAGAAGGUUAACCAAAGCUAGAGCUGUGGUAAAUCUAAAGACCAGAACAGCUACUCAGAGUGAAUUUGCCCUCUGGGCUCUGCUUUGCUCUGUGCUUGGAUCACCAGGCAAGCAAACACGUACAGCUUUGGGUGGCGUUAGGCUGCUCCCCUCCUUGCAGGGUCUGUCCUGUUGCUUCUGAAUAUGCUUGUUUUGAAAGACAAGGGUUAGGAAUUCUGCAAGGGGACAUCCCUGCAAUGCCCCUUCCCAAAAAAAUACCUCUCUGAACAUGCCAAGAAAUCCUUCUGCUCUUCUGCAGAGCUCUGCCUGAAGCUCACUGAACUCUGUCCGUGGAUUUCCCAGUUUGGUUUCUGACAGGCACUGCAAUGCUGCAGACACCUCCUCCCCUUACCACUUUGGCAGCCCCCCCCAAAAAAUGAGUUCUGAACCUCACGUGACAGCAGUUCUCUGAGCUCCUGAUUCCUGACAAAAACAACUUCCAGUGCCAAAGUUAAUCUGGUGCAGCUGGAGCUCCGAGGGGCACCGACAGCCACUUUGAGCAGGCAGAGCUGCACACCUAGGACAGCCCUGGCAGUGGCUGUGGUGCUCCCCAGGGGUGCCUCUCUCUGAGGGAAAGUAAUUGUAGAAGCAAACCAUCACCUCUCCUCCUCCUGUCACCAUCUCCAAACCAGAGCCAAGCCAAGCAGAACAAGACUGGCUCUGUGUGACAUGACUGGCACCCCGGGCACUUGGCUCACAUAGGUGCUCCCACUUGUGUGUGUGAUUGACCCAUCUGGCAAGGCUGCAGCCCUCAUGGGAGAGAAGUCAGAUGAAAGGAGGAAAACUCGUGGAGAAGGUGGAGAACAGUCUCACAGGCACCAAGUGUGCUCCGUGGGACCAGGAAGUAGCAGCAACCACCAGUGGGAGCAUUCCCUCCUGCUUCCAGCGAGUCGCAUUUCAGCAGAGUUUGACUCUGGAGGUUUUCUUUGCAAGAGGAGGAGGAGGAGGAGGCUGUGCUCUGCCUGCCCCUAGCUAGCUAUGGUUCCACAUAGCUUUGCUGUUCAGCACUUCUGUCUGGCCAUGCUUUGGCAGUACUUUCCAGCCCACCCCUGGUUCUUCCCUGUAGAAGCUUUUGAUCUGUUUCCCUGACACUGAUUGGUGCCACGACCUGCUUCAGGGUCUGUCCUUGGCUUGCUUCCCUUGCUCCCAUAGAUGUCCUCCUUUGCCUGGGUGUUGAUCUCCGUGAGAUCUUUCAGCAGAUGGUGCAGUGGCUACUGUCAGUUGGGCUCUUCACUUUUGGUAGUUUGGGUUUUUUUUGUGUGUGUUUUUCCCCCCUCCCUCUCCCCCCAUUGUUUUUACUUGAAACUGACUUUCCUUUUGGUCCUAGAGUGGUUUCUAAAGUUAACCAAAGGCCCUGGCAGGCAGGGCAGUGGGCAGCUUCAAGUGAGGCAGACACAGUGUGUUGACUUUGUGCUGGAAAUGGCAGCUGGGCUGGGAGGUGUGCUGGGGAGCAUCUUCAGCAAGCACUUCCCACAACGGGUUGUAGAGACCCUGUGCCACAUCCCACUCAGCAGCUGGGCAGCUCAAGUUCCUGCCCUGCCAGGCUGUGGUGUGGUUCUUGCCUCCUGGCACUGCCUUGCAGAGCAGGGUGCUCCUGGGGUGUCCUGAGCUGUCCUCAGUGGUGCUGGGACCAGCUGCUGUGUUAGAGAUGGGAAGUGCCUGCACUGCCAGCAGUUGGUGAAGUUGUUCCUGUAUAGACACUGCAAACCUGUUUGUGCUGGUAGGUCACACACAUGCACAUCCAUCUGGAACAGUGGUUUUAUGUAUAUCAGAAACAAGAUCCUGAGCUGGCACUAACCUUCUUGGGCAGUGCAUUUUCUGAUCCCCACCAUUUCUGCGCCUGUAACUUCUAUCAGCCUCACAGGUGACUUGGCACAGGGAGCAGAAGGAGCUUACAGGCAGGCUGGGGGGGAUCAUGAACCGCCCCUCAAUAGCACAGGGGACUCUCUCCUGUCCUGUCCCCCUUUCCCAAUGAGUUUCCAGUCCCCCAGCUGUUCCUGCUGCCACUUGGCUUGGGUCAGUUCCUGACCUUGGUGAUGGGCAGGUCCAGGUCUCCAGCGCUGGAGCCACAGGCUCUGAGUCCUGGCAGCAAGAGGGAACUCUGCUCUCCCUUCCACCAGUGUCUCCUGUGUCUGUGGCCCUGGGCCCUGACUUGCCCCUGCAGAGCUGGCAGCCAUCUGCUGCUGCUCCUUGUGGGUCGUUCUGCAGGAGAGCACUUAGAACCUACUUGUGUCUUCUCGAAACCUUGCGGUGUCAAGCACAGGGUUACACUUAAGCACAGCGUGGAAGUGCUUUUAUUCUGAGCAAAAAGAAGGGACCCUAAGCACAAACUCAGCUUCUUUCCAGAGUUUUGAGGGUCUUCAGGAACAGCUGAAGGUACCAGGGUACUGCUGUGGAUGGGUGUUUAACCAAGGGCUGGGGGCUCCUCGGCUGCGGGGGCCCGAGGCUCCUCAUCUGCCUUCAGCUUGGCUGCAAGAGGUGCUGAGCUCUGAUAACCACCUUUAAAGCCAGUGCUGGCCAGAGCUCAGCACCUCCCCAGAUGGCUCCUUGCACUCACCUUGCUUUGCUGCCUUCCCAACGUUGUGCUGCCCCAAGAGCUGGCCGGGAGCCUGCAUCCCCACUCCCAGAGCAUGCUUUCAUUCCCCUCACUGAAUGUAGCACUGCGUGUGUGUCCUGCAAAGGGAAAUGCUGAAUUUCUACCAUUAGAAUGUGAAGAGAGAUUAUAUAGAGAGUGAAAACAAAAGAAGUAUCUUGGAAGGAGCAAAAAAAAAAUGUCUCUGACAAAGUUUAUUUUUUAACGUAGAGGCGGUGCUUUGUAGUUCCUGGUGGCCUAUGUCUUGUUGUAAAUAAUGUACAUUUAAUUUAUUGCUAUGGUAGCAGAUUGUAUUUGUUCUGUAUAAAAGGAGAGGGUCACAAAUUGUAUAUUUUGUUGCUUACCUGUGUCUUUGCAAAAUUCACAAUAAAUAACAUAUUUUGUGUCCA